ACAGCUGAUUUCAUAAAGCAAAUUCUUGGGAAGUUGUGUAAAAUCACUAAGAGACAUACUCAAGGUCCAUAGGGAAUCUCUUAAUCUAUGAGGAGGGAAGUCAUUUAUGAGCGGCGCUGGACUUUCAUUCAUAUGACAAUGUCAGCAUGGAUAUUACUGCUCACUGCGGGUGUGUCAGUCCUGGGACUGUCCUGGGGUCAGCGGACUGAACCCAUGUUUGCCUCAGUAACUCAGAGUGUUUUCCCGCCGGACUAUGAGAAUAACCCUACGCAGCUCAACUAUGGCGUGGCUGUCACUGACGUGGAUGGAGACGGAGAUCUGGAGAUGUUUGUUUCAGGCUACAAUGGCCCAAAUCUGGUGUUGAAGUAUGACAGUUUCAAGAAGAGGCUUGUUAACAUUGCGGUUGACAACCGCAGUUCUCCAUACUAUGCACUCAGAGAUCGACAGGGCAAUGCCAUUGGAGUGACAGCAUGUGACAUAGAUGGUGAUGGCAGAGAGGAAAUUUACGUCCUUAACACUAAUAAUGCCUUCUCAGGGAGAGCAACGUACACUGACAAGCUCUUUAAGUUUCGUAAUGGCCGGUUUGAGGAUCUCCUGAAUGAUGACAUAAAUGAGCACAGAGACGUUGCCAAUCGCGUGGCUGGCCGGUCAGUCGCAUGUGUGGACAGAAAGGGAACAGGUCGUUAUUCCAUCUACAUUGCUAAUUAUGCCAGCGGAACUGUAGGUCCACAUGCUCUGAUUGAAAUGGAUGAAAGUUCAAGUGACCCGUCCAAGGGAAUCAUUGCACUGUCAAACGUGGCUGAGCAGGCCGGAGUCAACAAGUUCACAGGGGGACGGGGGGUUGUGGUGGGUCCCAUUCUCAGUCAGACCCUUCCUGAUAUUUUCUGUGACAAUGAGUACAGCCCUAACUUCCUGUUUCGGAACAACGGAGAUGGUACAUUUACAGAUGUGGCAGCACAAGCGGGGGUUGAUGACCCGAUGCAGCAUGGCCGUGGAGUGGCAUUAGCAGAUUUUAAUCGGGAUGGGAAAACAGACAUUGUCUAUGGAAACUGGAAUGGGCCCCAUCGUCUGUUCCUACAGCUCAGCAAUAAUCGCAAGCAAAGAUUUAAGGACAUCGCCACACAGAAGUUUUCCAUGCCAUCUCCUGUUCGCACUGUCAUCGCAGCGGACUUUGAUAAUGACAAUGAACUGGAAGUUUUUUUCAACAACAUUGCCUACAGAGGACCAUCAGCCAACAGACUCUUCAGAGUUUCUCGGAGAGAACACGGAGAUCCACAGAUCGAGGAGCUGAACAUCGGGGAGGCCGCCGAACCAGAGGGACGGGGAACCGGAGCAGCUGUGACUGAUAUUGAUGGAGAUGGGCAGCUGGAUCUUUUGGUGAUGCACGGGGAAAGUGCAGCUCAACCCAUCUCUGUGUAUCGAGUCACUCAGGGCUCAUCUAAUAAUUGGCUCCGUGUGAUUCCACGCACACAAUUUGGGGCUUUUGCUCGUGGGGCAAAGGUGAUAGUCUACACCAAGCGAAAUGGCCCUCACACACGCAUCAUAGAUGGAGGAUGGAGGAUCAUUGUGCUUGUGUGGGGUGGGUUCGGUUGCUUUGUUCUCGGGUCGCCGAGUAGCGGGAAAACAAGUGUUCGCUCUGCUGACUCAUUACAGAGAAACAAUUAUGAUGUAAUGCCAGGUCAUGUUCAGUGGGGGGCUUCGGGUCUCAGUAACAUAAUCCACCGUGUGGAGGCCGGUUCCUUGAAUAUCCUCAUAGACUGGAGGACCAGAGAGAAGCCUGCAGGUGCAGCAGCCGGUGGCAGCAGAUGGGACCUUUUCCCCACGGCUCAUCCAUGUUACAGAUGUUUGGAGACACAUAGCUUCAUCUGGGAGCUAUCGGACAGAUUUGUGGCAGGAGUAGGCUGCCAGCUGGAAGCUCCCACCAAACAGCAGACAGAUUUCAUCGGUCUGGCAUGUGAGAACCUCAUUGCUUUAAUGCCUCAGUGGCUGCUAUGCCAGAAACUCUCUGACUACGUGGUCUGUGCCAAACCAGAGCCUAGUCCAACCUGGCUAUUGCCGAGAAACUUCUUGGGAGGGCCCUUUUUCCAGAAUGUUGUGUGUUGUGUGGUGUGGAGUCUGGUGAUAUGUGAUAUGAACAAAGUGAUGGAGAUCUAUUACCCUGAGCAUGAGGAGGAGGCGACCCUAGUGGUGGAGAUUGAAUGUGGACCAGGAUUUGAGGUCAAUGAAAAUGGCCGCUGCACUGACCAAGAUGAGUGCACACAGUUCCCAUCUGUCUGUCCCUCUGAGCGACCACCCUGCACCAACACCGACGGGAGCUUCAAGUGCCGUGCAAACAAGAGGUGUAACCAGGGAUACGAGCCUAAUGAUGAAGGAACAGCAUGUGUAGCCCAGGUGGCUUAUUUUGGAGGAAACAGAUCCUCAGCCUCCAAGCUCUUGGCUUCUCAUCUUCGGCCUCUCCUACUAACUCUUCUCACUGUCUUUACGGCUUGCUUGGGGGCAUGAAGGGCAGUGCCUCUCCUCUCCUGACAUCUCUUCCACCCUGCUUGGUCUCUGAUUCUCUGCUUUUCUUUUGUCUUCGCACUGAGGUGUUUGAGAGUCAGCUGUAAAAUGAACUCUCCAUGGACCUGUCGCUUCUGCAAUGUCGUCACUAACAGACCUGUAUAAAUAAUGCUUCGCUUUCCAGAUGGGAACCACAAAAGAUCCCUGUUUUUAAGACAAACAAGCAUUCCCACUCCAUCUAGAUUGAGGAAAAAUCAAAGACCUUCAUAUUCAUCAACUGUGAUGUGGGAUAAGAUUGUCAUUGUAAUAAUCUUUAUAAAAGGCCGUGUCCCAGCGUGUUACAGGUGAUUAUGAUUUCUAGUGCAUUCAGUCUCAUAUCGGCAGCAGCGUGCUAGCAGGUUUUCCAUGAGAGCAUAUGCCCGGCCAUCUGUUUCACGCAAGGUUACAUUCCUUGUGCUCUGAAUAAUACAUUCACAAGAGAUUCAUAUUGUACACUUUUGACCCUCAUCAGUACUCAUGACUGCCCUUGGGAUCUGUGCAUGAUUUUGGCAUGGAUGAGUAUUGCAAAACACAGUUUCAUUUAGCAAAAUGUUGUUCAGAUUUAUACAUGCGGGAUUUCACAGUGAUCUAGCUGCAAAAACAUAGACCCAGACCAAAUUUGUGAAGUAAAACUUCUUGGUUGUUGCUUUGAUUAGAUAUGAUGUCUAUUUAUUUAAUAAUUUGCAAUGACCACAACCAAAAAAAUUAUGUAAAUACUUAACAUAUUUUAACUUUGAAAUAUACAGUUA